AUUCGCGCCUCACUGCCGCGUUGUCAGUCGAAGCGUGUCAUUAAAACCAAGAACACGUUUCCCUCUCCUCGAUCACCGUCGUGCGUCUACCUGAUCGUCACGAGUCGUCACAGCUACGGCGCAGUUUACAGCCGAUCUACAUUGCGUCGACACGAUGGCAGAACAGAAAGCAUGUUCUUCUUCUUGCGGACCGGGCUACAGAAGCCCGAAAGCGGCGAUGGUCGAAGGUCCACGCGAAAAGCUUAUAUACGUCGUCAGCAUACAUACGGAUCCCGAGAAGGCAGACGUUCUUAGCACCGUGGACGUGGAUCCUGACAGUCCUACGUACUGCCAGAUAAUACACAAACUGAGAAUGCCAGUGGUUGGUGAUGAAUUACAUCAUGCUGGCUGGAAUGUGUGCAGCAGCUGCCAUGGAUCAUCGACACGCAAACGUGACACUUUGGUGUUACCUUGUCUUAUGUCAGACCGGGUGUAUUUUGUCGAUACCAGUUGCGAGAAAGAACCGAAAAUUAAGAAGAUUCUGGAACCGCAACAAAUGCAGAAGUACGGGAUAUCAACGCCGCACACCUCGCAUUGCUUGCCAUCUGGCGUAAUAAUGAUCUCCACCAUGGGAAAACCCGAUGGCAACGGUUUGGGCGAAUUUUUCUGCAUCGAUGUAGAUACUCUGGAGGCGAAGGGUACAUGGACGAAGGGGCCCAAUAAAGCAGUUUUCGGGUACGACUAUUGGUACCAGCCAUAUCACGAUACGCUUAUCGCUACCGAAUGGGGUGUACCUAAAGCCUUCAAAAAGGGAUACAAUCCAGACGACUCUAAAGAUCCUACAAUCUAUGGGAGAAAUCUGAACGUGUACUCGUGGAAAGAGCAAAAGCUGAAGCAGACCAUCGAUUUGGGAGAGGACGGAAUCGCGCCCCUCGAGAUUCGAUUCCUCCACGAUCCUUACGCGUCCGAAGGAUUCGUGGGCUGCGCGGUAACAUCAAAUAUUUAUCGAUUCUACAAGACGAAGGAUGACUCGUGGAAGGCGGAGAAGGUGAUUCAAGUGCUUCCGAAGGAGGUCGAAGGAUGGCUGUUGCCUACGAUGCCAGGUAUGAUCACCGACAUCCUGAUAAGUCUCGACGACAAGUACCUGUACAUGUCCAAUUGGCUGCACGGCGACGUCAGGCAGUACGACAUCUCAAACACGAAGAAGCCGAGACUGACAGGUCAGGUCUUCCUUGGCGGAUCGAUACUGAGCGACUCGCAGGUGCGCGUGACGAAGGACGAGGAGAUGUGCAACCAGCCCGAUCCCGUGUACGUGAAAGGCCGUAGAUUGUACGGAGCGCCGCAGAUGUUGCAGCUAAGUCUGGACGGAAGUAGGCUGUACGUGACCACCUCCAUCUUCAAGCCGUGGGACCAGCAAUUCUACCCCGAUCUUUUGAAAUACGGAUCGACGAUGGUGAAACUCGAUAUCGACGUCAAGAAGGGCGGCAUGAAGCUCGACGAUCAAUUCCUCGUUGAUUUCGGCGCCGAUAAGAACGAUAUCCUACUCGCACACGAGAUGAGAUAUCCUGGUGGAGAUUCUACCUCCGAUAUAUGGUUGCCGGAAGAACACUGACUUCGAUGAUUGCGAUGGAGGGAUCACGCCAAAGAUACUUUGACAUCUGCGAGAGUAAUAAUGCAAUAUCAUUUUGUACGAUAAUAAUUCUGUACGAUUUUUCUCUGUAAUAAAGCUUCGCAAUAAUUUCA